GCACGUGCUAGUAAUAUAAUCGAUGUAUAAACACGAACAAAAUGUAACCAAAAACGGUAUGCGGUCACGCGAGUCCCGAUCGAGCACGCCAUGUUCCAAAAUGCAGAUAUAUUGCUAACAUUUUGUGUUAAAGUAUUGAAGUCAUUAGUGGUUUUGGAUGUUCAACUAAUAUUCUAAGUACAGAUACCAACCAUGAGGGGUAAACCAAACAUAACAUAGCGUCUACAAUGGGAUCUCCAACGCAUUCCAUCCAGCCAAUCACCAUGAAUCGUUGUCCAAUACACAUUAUUCUGCCGAUCCUCGCCAUCCUACUACCAUACACAUCCACACUGAACUUACCCAGUGGAGACCCAGCUCCAGGAAGAUCACCAGGACCACCUGUUGAAGAAACCAAGCUUGAAGGCAAUCAAGAACUACCAAUAGACACAUUUGAUGACAACCUGGAACUUCCCAUAGAGAUAUACGAUGAAACAACAACAGAUAUGACUACAGUAGAAGCUAUAGGUGACGCGUGUGAUUACGCGAGGAUUCCAAGUGACAGUGCAGAAGUGGUGACGCUUGGUGACAGUGAAAGUGAAGUGAAUUUGACGGUCAGUCAUCCUGUGUUCGAUGUGGCUGAGCUGGUGCGAGGUGUUGUUUAUGAUGUUCACCUGCAACUCGAAGAUUCAGCUCUCCGAGAUUACGUGCUACACUCGCUCAUCGGCAGCUCCAUCAGGGGCAACUUCACACCAACCAGUUUCACCGACAAGCCUUGUGACACUCCCCCCUACUUCAUCCCGAAACGUUCGAGAAACAUUCGCGAACAUUCUAGAACUAAGUGGCCUAGUGACUAUAGGACGAAAAGUGAUUAUUAUUUUAAGCCGCGUUAUAGAGCUGCAAGGUCUGUGCGGAGUAAGGGGAGGUUCCAUAGAUUUCUCUCAGCGGUUGUUGUCAGCGGUCCGUUGGAGAGGAGAAGCGCUGUAGCGCUGAGGUGGUCUGUGGACGCUGCGCGUUUAGAUAAGGAGGCAACUAGUGUUGUUUUUAGGUUACGAUAUAGAAAAACAACGAGUACCACCAUUUACCAAGUGUUCUUUACUAAAAGUUUAAGAUUAGAUUGUGCGAUAAGAAUACGUAGCGGUCAUUCAGGGCGCGUCCACUCCGGCCACUUGCCCCGGACGCACGGGUGCCUGCUCACCUUUCCCCCCGUCCCACCCCGCAAUGCCCUUCUCGUAGAACUGCACAAGCUCAACGUCCCCUGCUCUUCGGGGUACGUCCGUUUCGCCCCCACCUCGCCGACGCUCUGCGGCAAGCUAGAACAGAUCCCGCUCCAAUCCAGGAGAUAUCUUUAUCAGUCUUCGUCCAAAAACCCAGAAGUUGAACUCCACGGGCGACCCACGUUCGCCGCGAUCUACCGUCUCGUCGACCACUGUCACGACGUUCUUCUGACGGCUAGAAACGGCUCGUUCGACGUCGGCCCGGCUGUGAAACUUCUAUGUUCCUACAAAAUCCACUUGCCAUACGGGAACCGUGUGGCCCUCCGCCUACAGAUGGGCACGAAACCGGAGAACGCAAAUUCGAAUGUCAUUCACGAAGAGUCGCAAACAUUCUGCAAAGGGAUGGAAUUAGUACUCCAAGAUGGCGAUUCUAGGUGGAAGCAUUGUUCACGCCCCGGGGAUCCUUUGAGGAGCGUUCAAAUAAUCUCCGAGGGGAAUUCGAUAAGAUUGAACGUCACUAUACUUGGAAAAAGAAAUGCUUCCGCGAUGUGGAUGAAAGUGUGGUGGAUGGAUAAGCCAGUUGAAGAUAUUGUCGGUCAUUGUGACUAUGGAUGGGUAAUAUCUGGGGAUUUUUGUGUAACUGCAGUAAGGGAAAUGAAGAAAACUUGGAGGCAAGCUGAAGCCGAAUGCGUCAAACAAGGCGGACACCUGGCCAGUCUGUCGAAUGAGCACCAGCAACAGGUUUUGGACCAAGUUUUAACAAAUAUACCUGGAGCUGGUGUAGACGACGUUUAUUGGAUCGGGGCCACGGAUGCAGUACAAGAAGGCGAAUUUCGAUGGUCGGAUGGACUUCCAUUUUCAUUUGCACACUGGUUCCCCGGUUGGAGGAAGCAUGCCAGUCAGCCAAACGACGAUGGCACAUCAGGACAGGACUGUGUGGAAGUUCGUCGUGAGAUGCCGCCCCGACCCGCGCACCCUACCUUCAUGUGGAACGAUAGAAGCUGCAGAGAGAGGAACUACUUCGUGUGCGAACGGCCUGGCAAGAAUGAUCCAUACAAAUCAUCGCGCGUACAGUGCAACGAAACGAUAGUGCUAUCGCACACGCACCAGCACGCGACCGUGUCUAGCCCGGGCUUCCCGCGGCCGUACCCGGACGACGCGGACUGCGUGAGCGAGGUCCGCGCGCCGCCCGCACACACCAUCCGCAUUCACUUCGAGGAGCUGCUCACGGAGUACGAGCCGCAUUGCAGUUACGACUUCUUAGAGAUAUUGGAGCCGAAUUUAGAGAACAACACCGAGCAUGGAUCAGAAGACUGGACCGUUCAAGAUCAUCACUCGUACAGCUCAGAAAACGAGGUAUUGGAAGAGCUAGCAAGUCCGUUACCCGAAUCAGACGGUCGCAGUGCUGGUUGGCGAGCCACCAGCACUUCAGGGGGGUUACGUCGUCGCGUGUGUGGGGACUGGGGGGGGAAGUUGAAACUGUUGAGACACCGGUCGCGGGGACAUGUACUGCGGUUGAGAUUCCGGUCUGACCAUGAGCGGCACUUCGCGGGGUAUAGAGCGAAGAUCUCGCUGGCAGAUUCUCAAUCAUGUAUGGACUCGAAGCAAAUCCUAUUCAACGGCUACUGCUAUCUAUUCUCUGGGUACCCGCGAGCCUCCUGGGACACGGCGAAGCAGAUAUGCGAAGGCCUCAACAUGCAACUCGCGUCCAUCCAUUCAGCGGAAGAACAGCGCUUUAUCGUAUCAGGGAUCCGACAGAGCGGGGAAUACAGCGCUGGUGUAGUGCACUGGCUUGGGGCGAAGUUAGCGUUUGAAGCGCCGUUAGCGUGGCUCGAUGGGUCAGCGCUGGGAUAUACCGCGUGGCCGCCGUACAAUGAUACUGAAGAGGCGGGUGACACAUGUCUUGCUGUACAGUGGAAAACCUCCCCCGUACCGUCACAACCGAGCGGGUUAUACUGGGCACUACGUCGUUGUUCUCUCACGGGCGGGUUCGUGUGCAAGCGUCGCCUCGCCGCGCGCCUGGUGCGUUCCAACCAGACUGUGGAGGGCGCUAGUGGCGUACUAACAAGCCCGUCCCACCCUCUCCCGUACGCGAGUGAAACGGAACAAGUGAGCAUCGUACGCGGCGUACCGCGAUCCCGCCUCGUGCUCAUAUUACGGGAUGUGGACAUUGAGUAUCAGAGGGACUGUUUGUAUGAUUAUGUUGAGUUACGUGACGUGGUUGGAACAAAAUCGGCUCGGUACUGCGGCACGUUGAGUGAAGUGCGCUGGGUUGCAUCAAGCAAUGAAGCUAUAGUACAUUUCCAUUCGGAUUAUAGCGGACAAGGCACGGGUUUCUCACUAACGUGGGAGGCUGUAGAACUAACACACUGUCCCUCUCGCACGUACACUUCUAAAGCGGGAACUAUCUCGAGCCCCAACUACCCGCAUUUUUUGUUGCCGGAUUUGGAUUGUACUAUUGAUAUACUGGCGCCUGCUGGCAAGCGCGUGUUCCUCAACAUAAGCCACUACGACUUCGGCUACGGCACAUUCCUCAACGGCAUAUCACAAAACGUUUCAACACCAUCUACAGAAUCGUUCCUAGAAGUUAUUCUAGAAGGAACUGUUCUUAGAACAUUCCAGAAUUCUAGUUUAUUAACUGGUGGUCUGUUUGUAUCGGAAAAUGAAGUGUUACGUCUGCGGUAUAAAACGGGGCCAAAUGUGACGGGAACUGGAUUUGUGGCGCAUUAUGAAAUGGUAAACUCGCUCAACAUAACCCACGUGCUCCAACUGCCUACCACUCGGGGUUACAUUCUUCCCCCAAACUGGCCUCUCCCAUACCACGGUAUCGUGCGAUAUAAAACGGUAGCACCGCACGCACAUACUAUAGGCGUUUCGUUUGGUGCUGCGAAGCUUGCGUCCGCAGCGAGUGGGGGGAGUGGGGAUGGUGGGGAUGGCGGGGAGGGAGGGGAGGGUGGGGUGAAGGAGUUGUGGCCGUGUGGGGACGGGAAAGGGUGGAUUGAGGUGGAAGACCCAUAUACCUCAAACUCGGGCACGCGGUGGGCGGUGUGCGCGGGAACCCAAACCUCAGCACCGCUGCUUGUACGCUCCAAUUUAAACACACUUAUUAUCACACAACAUGCUGAUAGCAUUUCAAUGGAAGUGGACGUGGAGAUUAGUGUGGAUAGCGUUCCGUUACUCGUGCGCUCCAACUUACACACACUCAUUAUUACGCAACACGCUGAUAGUACUCCAUUGGAUGUGGAUGUGGAAAUAAGUGUGGAUAACGAUCCCGAAUAUCACACUAAAAUGCUUGCACUUCCCGACGAAACAAAUUUAGAUUCGUGUUACCCGAACCCCUGUCUUCAUGAUGGCCGCUGCACUGCAAAUGAUUCUAGAAACUUCUGUCAAUGUUCUGGGUUUUAUACAGGCGCGUUCUGCGCGCUGACCGCGUGCGAGCGGUCGCCGUGCGUGUACGGCAACUGCACGGAGUGGGCUGGCGGUGUCGGGGGGGAUGAGGCCGGUGCAGGCGGCGGGGGGUACCGCUGCACGUGCGCGCGCGGCUGGCGCGGGCGGCGCUGCGGCGAGCGCGUGCGGCCGUGCGCCGCGCGGCCCUGCAACCACCGCGGCGCCUGCCUCGAGCGCGCCGGCGCCUUCCUGUGCCAGUGCAACCCCUCCUGGAAGGGCAAGCGAUGCGAAAUACCCAAUCCAACACCAAACAUAGUUGGCUUGGGCACCAGAAUGAUGCAGGAGCCAUUUUGGCUCGGCUUAUUUGCCGUGUUCACUGUAUUGGGAAUGGUCGGUCUCGUGUGGUGCGCCAAACGACACUUUCCGGAAAAAAUAGAAAAACUCUUAGCAGAAGAAGCAGACAGGUGUGCAAGACCGGGUGCGCGUGCGGCGCGCGGCGGGCGGGGCGGGGCGGGCGGGGCCGGGGGGGCGGGGCUGGCGGGCGGCGCGGAGGCCCGCACGCUGCUCACGCGGCUCGGUAUCCGCAAGCCGUCGGGCGCGGGGCUCGCCGGCCUGCCGCAGCCGCGGGCCGCGCGCACCUUUAGUUUGGACGAUCUGUUAAAGCCGCCGCCCACACGUUCACCUUCACCGCGUAAAAAACGAAAUAAUUCAACACCGACCAAGAAAAAUGCCGCGGAGAAGAAACAAAUCUUACAACAACUUAUAAGUCCAGCGGCUGCAAAUGAUCAUUCGAAAAAAAUUACCAUGGGGGAGCUCAUACAAAUGUCCAAAAAGAAAACUUUGAGUACGGUCGAAAGCGCCCCCGCUUUUGUAGAAUAUGGAGUAGAAAAUAAAGACACUUCGUUCGCUAGUGAAGGUUCCUCGCCGUCAACAUCACCCUCCAUGCGACAAAUAUCGGAUCCUAAAUUAGAGAAAAAAGUUACUUUCGCUAGAUUGCUUAACAAAGUUUCCGCAGAGAUGAGUUCCAGUUCAGACGUAGACAUGGUGAACACAAUAACGAUACCAAUGGCCGUCAUAUCCGACCGCACGAUCAAAGCGAAAGCGUCCAGCACACCGCCUUCACCAGGAGUCGAAGUAAGAUCGCCUCAUAGCACGUCCAGCAACCAAGGGAGCGACUCGAUGUCGAGCUUAGAUUUAACAUUAGCGCAUUCAUCAUUAAAAAAAUAUUCUAGGACGCCUAAAAUUUCCAGCGCGGAUUCAAUUCUAGCGAUGUUCCGCAACUUCUCGUCAUCAGCAGCGCUUGCUUCGAGGGCUUCCUCAGGUGCUAUCUCUGUGUCAAGUUCCCCGAGCGCUUCUUCACCGCAGGACGAUACGAUCGACGCUGACGAUGUGUCGAUAGCGUCGUCGCAUAUACCGUCGUUAGCUCCUGACUCGCCGAUUGCUAGACCGCAUAAUACUAUUGAAAUUCAGGUUGUGGACCCGUUGAGUGCCCACAAACCAUCUUCAUCAAGCAACUUACUCCACCCUCCGUCCAUCCUCCUAGAAGUGCCAAGUUCGAUUAACAAGUGCCUAUCCCCUAUACGCGAACUGCCGACCCCACUGCCCACACCGUUGCCCACACCACUGCCCACACCACUGCCUUCGCCCAGAAUGCCCAGAGCCAAAAUGGAGUCGGAUAGUAAGAGCGAUACUACCACGUGUAUAUCACCCAGUGAAGACGAGUUGGAUGAAAUCAAAACUGAGAAAUGUAAAAGGCCUUAUCCGGAUUUACGUCUAAAGUUACGCCAACCCGCCAUCUGCGCGGACAUGCCAACUCCAUCCACACAGAUAACCGACUCGCCCAGCCCCAGCUUCACGCACAGCCAGGACUCGGAGCGGGAGUUAUCCUCCCCCACCCCCGCGCCCCCCUCCCUCCGCGUGCCCCUCCUCACCGUGGAGCGCCCCUCCCCGGGCUCCCCUCCCCCGCGCCGCACACCCCCGCACUUGGAGUUCCAACCCCCGCCACUAAUAACAGUCACUUAUAACGCUAGUGAAGAAUCUGAUGAGCCCUUGUCCCCAAGACCUCCCCCACCCUCCGGCAACAUGUGCUAUUUGAGCCCCUUCUCCAUGUCGGCUAGAGGUGAAAGAGCUCCCUCUGAAUCUAACCUCUCGUCCUCUGGAUACAGUUCCAUGGCCAGCCCGGGGCCGUCCCGGUGCGGGUCCAGUAAUCCCUUGUGCCCGUCGGAAAUGGAAGAUCCCGGUUCUGGCGGCGGGCCAUCAUGCUUUCAAUCGAGAAGAAGACCGCUUAUGAAAACUAAUUCUAGUCCAGCAACGUCUAAUGAAGGCAAUGAUGAACGGCGCAGAGGAAGAUCAGAUUCAGAAACACUAUCAGACGAUCCCUUGCUAGAAUCGAACGACGAAGGAAUCGGUACCGAUGAGAGAGUAGACGACGUGCCUUCGAGUGCUAAAGAAAUGGAAUCGCUUGCUGUAUUGAAAGAAACAUUAGAACUACCGGUGUUAUGUUCGCCCAGUGGAGUGACAAAAUGUACGAUAGUGAAGUGCAUUAGUGUAGAGCGUGGUUUGGACGAGCGAGCGUGUUUGCGUCCGCCCACGUUGCUGUCCGACUGUAGUCGCCCCUUGAGUCCCGUUAGUUCUAGAAGUGAGAGUCCUUUAAGUGAUAAGACGGGUUUAGGUAGAUUCUCGCCUCAGUUUUAUGGUAGACAAUUGCCUUUUACCGACUCGGAUGGGCUCUACGACUUUCCGAGUACGGAAAGUGUAAAGGGCAAUAAUUGUAAGAGCAGUAGCAGUUCACACAGGAAGUCUGGCAGGAGAAGAGAUAGGAAAACGUCGAGAACGGUAUCGCAGGAAGUGACGGGGACGACUAAAUCAACUUUACCGCAUAUGCCGCAUUCUAUGCAUAACUUGUUAGAGGUACCAUGUUACCUGCGCGGACGCAAGUCGGGUCGUCGCCGGUCCCGCUCUCAGGUCCCCGCACUAGCGAGCUCCUCCUCCUCUGAGGAGUCUGUCUCUAACGCGUCUGUGGCCUCUGUGGCCUCCGCGAGGGAACUGAGGCAACCGGAUUUGGAGAUGCAGUCAGAGCCGACACGUGUGAGGAAACCGUUACGGCGGGAAAAAUGCCGGAGUUCUGAGGAUACCGCAUCAAAAAUAUCAUCUAGCUUAGAUUUAACAGAAGACUCUAGACGACCGGCGAAACUUAACAAAUUGAGGACCAUUAGUAAUCAAAUAAGGUUUCUUCGUCGUCUCGAACGUAGUCUAAAAAUGAAGGAAAGCUAUCCCGCGAUAUCCGACGACGAAGGCGACGAAUCGUCCAGUGUGACGUCACCAUUGCUCCAAGGUCGUAAGGACCUCACUCGUGUCCCCGGUCACGCGAUAUCCGCCCCUCUGCUCAGUGCCGCAAGGCCCAAGAUCACGCGACAAAGACGAUACGAUAAGUCGCUAGUGCUAGAUGAAACUAGGACGUUGAGUGCUGCGCCUGAUAAUUCCGAUUGAGUUUUCGUUAGUUUUGAAGCAUAGUUAUGUUGUGAUUUAUGUUGGUUGAGAUUUUUUUGUGUUGUGCGUGACACGGAGCUUCUAUGAAUACUUAUCAGAGACAGAUCUAUAGCUCGUUACCUAAGUGCUGAAAAUUAAAUUUUACCUAAAUAUAUAAAAAAUGUAGUAUCUACAAUAUUCCUAUGGGUCGAUGAACGUAUACCUACUUGCAUUACAAUUGAAUGAGUGAGGAUGGUGCGAGUAUCUGAGAAUUAGCAAAUUGAACAAUUUUGAUAUCAACUAUAUUUAUAAAAGAGAAGUUACGUUCAAAAAGUUUUACAAUAUUCUAAGCUAAUGUGAUAUAUUGUAAGUCAAGGAAUUGUAGUGUUGUUACAGUAGAAAUUAUUAUUAUUUCAAUAGUUGUAAUGUUUUCAUUUUAACGUCUUCUCGUAGUUUAACUAGGGAAAUAGUGAUGUAAAUAUUUUUUUUCAUAGCAAUAACUUGUUUUAUGCAUUACAUAAUAUAAACUGUAAGCGGUUAGACGAUUAGUAAUGCCCAUCUUAUGAUUCAACUUAUGACUAUCAAUGAAAUACAUGUUAAAUUUUAUUUUACUCUUCUCCUUAAUUUCGCACUCCGCUACUAACUUUCUAUUUAUAUCUACUAUCUAUUGUAAAAAAUGUUUUUGUAAAUAUUUUUUAAACAUAUUGCUCAAAUGCAUAUUUUGUGAAGUUGUCUUUUGCGCACUAUUUGCUACUUUGUAAAUACAAAUUUAUUUUAUAAUGUAAAUACCGAUAUGAGAGAAUUUUUCUUUCUUCUUGUAAAUUUACGAGUAAUCUUGUAAAUUGUUAGUCGGUAAGAUGAAAAAACGAAAGGCCCAAAAAAAUCUGUAUACCAAAUGCACAAUUACUAUCAUAUUUAUCUAGGCACCCUUACUGCUAAGGAUCGUAGUUACUGCAUGUGACGACGUUGUUUGUGGAAACUUCGCACCAAUAGAAUAGGAACUGCAAACUUUAGACGAAUAACCUUCAUACUCACUUCAUUCUAAAUAACCUACGUUACUCUAAAUUACUCCUUAUUCUAGUAUACUAAAAGUACACAAAAAAAAAUAACAAGAAAAUGAAUCGUUAUGGCAAUAAGACAAAGCGGAAAUCUUUGAUUUAUCCAAUUUCAUGAGAUCAUCGAGCAGUGCAAUUAUUGAUAAUUUCAGCAAUAAAUAGAACCUAGAUGUGAUGUUUUUAAAGACUGAAGUUCUAAAUGUGCGUACACUGUACCAGCUAAGCGUCGGUGUUGUGUAGCGGUAGCUUCUGGCGAGUCUCUCGACACUGCCAUUCCUUAUGUGCCGUGCCACAAUGUUAUCUUACGAUACUAAAAUAUAAAAGUAACAAAGUGUUGUCUAUUUUUCUUUAUCCCGAAUUAUUCUCAUAUCCUUUUUUUUAUUUAUCCAUUGCAUGGAUUACUAUUUUUAUGAUUAAAUUUAGCUUCGGUGUUAUAUCUUGUUGUUCUCCCUGAAUGUUUUGCAAUGUUAGUAUCUUCAUUUAUCAUAUGAAAAGCCACUUGUCUAGGGAGAAAAAAGGCAAUGGCAACACAGUCCAUUUGUCAUUUUGCAUUUUGACC